CUGGCGUCUAUAAAUAUAGAAGGGAGGACAAGAAGGAUAUAUGUAGAGAGAGAAAGAAUGGGUUACUCAUCAUCUUCAUCAAUUGUGUUAUGUUUGUUCCUGAUCAUCUUCACAUGUGCUCUCGUCUCUUCUGCUCGCCUCAGUCUUUCAUUUUCAGGAAAUGAAAUGAUGGUGGUGAGAGAACGUUCGCUGAUGGUGAACACCAACGACUACGGAGAGCCUUCAGCUAACAGCAGACACGAUCCACCGUUUGGCGAUCGACGCCGCAGACGCUGAGAUGAUAUAUAACCAUCUUUCUUCUCUUCUUCAUUUCUCUUCUUAUACCUGCAAAUAAUACGUAUAUUGCGAGAGCAAUAUAACAGUUUUUUAAAAAUUAUGUAACCUCACAUAAAGAACAAACUGUUUGCAUUUGUGUUAUUCAGUUAUUUGACAUCGAUUUCAACUUAUUAUUCUUACUAGAUUUACGUUUUGUACAGUUCAUUUGUGUGUGUGUGUGUGCGGUGUUAGUGCCGUUUAAUUUGCUUUUAUAUCAAUAUAAUACAUAUCACG